AUGGAGGACUGCAACGUGCAGUCAGCAGCCAGCAUCCUGGCCUCAGUGAAGGAGCAAGAGGCACGCUUUGAGAGGCUGACGCGGGCACUGGAGCAGGAGCGGCGUCAUGUGGCUUUGCAGCUGGAGCGUGCCCAACAGCCCGGGAUGGGCAGUGGUGGCAUAGGCUGUGGGCAGCCCUUGCCGAUGGCCUGGCAACAGCUGGUCCUGCAGGAGCAAAGCCCAGGCAGCCAGGCCUCGCUGGCCACAAUGCCAGAGGCGCCCGAGGUUCUGGAGGAGACGGUGACAGUGGAGGAGGACCCUGGCACACCUACUUCCCAUGUGUCUAUUGUCACAUCUGAAGAUGGCACAACCCGGCGUACAGAGACAAAGGUCACCAAAACGGUUAAGACGGUGACCACACGGACAGUGCGCCAAGUGCCUGUGGGCCCAGAUGGUCUCCCACUGCUGGACAGUGGUCCCCCACUGGGCCCCUUUGCCGAUGGCCCCCUGGACCAGCAUUUCCUACUGCGUGCCAGUGGUCCUGCAGCCACGCUAUCCCGUGCCUACCUAGGUGGUGGGGCUGUCUUCCCUGAUGGCCCCGAGUCUCGGGAUGGACCCAGUUAUGGCAGCCUGUCCCGAGGGCUGGGUGGUCGACACCCCCGUGGUGGAUCCCUGGGCCCAGGCCCCUGCGAUGGUUGUUUUACACUACCUGGCCGUCGGGAGGCUUUUCCAGCAGGCCCUGAGCCCACAAUGCCUGGUGGUCGCUCCCUGCCUGAGCGCUUCCAGGCAGAGCCCUACGGUUUGGAGGACGACACACGCAGCCUAGCUGCAGAUGAUGAGGGUGGUCCUGAGCUAGAGCCCGACUACAGCACAGCCACACGGCGGAGGCCUGACUGUGGGAGAGGCCCUCACACCAGGCCCUACGAGGAUGUAGCAGAAGAUGCUGGUGAGCUGCUGGAUGAGCGGCCUGUGUUCCCAACAGUGACGGCGCCCCUGGCACAGCCUGAGCGGGGCAGCUUGGGCAGCCUGGACUGGGUGGUGCGGCGUUCACCUUCAGUCGACAGUGCCCGCAAGGAGCCGCGCUGGCGGGACCCCGAGCUGCCUGAGGUGCUGGCCAUGCUCCAGCAUCCCGUGGACCCCGUCAAGGCCAAUGCCGCCGCCUACUUGCAGCACCUGUGCUUUGAGAAUGAGGGCGUGAAGCGGCGUGUGCGGCAGCUGCGGGGACUACCACUGCUUGUGGCGCUUUUGGACCACCCAAGGGCAGAGGUCCGGCGCCGGGCUUGUGGGGCACUGCGCAACCUUUCCUAUGGCCGUGACACUGACAACAAGGCUGCCAUCCGGGACUGUGGCGGUGUACCUGCCCUAGUGCGUCUGCUGCGGGCUGCUCGGGAUAAUGAGGUCCGAGAACUGGUCACAGGAACACUCUGGAACCUGUCAUCCUACGAGCCCCUGAAGAUGAUCAUCAUUGACCAUGGCCUACAGACAUUGACUCACGAGGUCAUCGUGCCCCACUCAGGCUGGGAGCGAGAGCCCAACGAGGACUCAAAGCCUAGAGAUGCAGAGUGGACUACUGUCUUUAAGAACACAUCAGGCUGCUUGAGGAAUGUGAGCUCGGAUGGUGCUGAGGCCCGGCGGCGCCUCCGUGAGUGUGAAGGACUGGUGGAUGCGUUGCUGCACGCAUUGCAGUCGGCUGUGGGCAGGAAGGACACCGACAACAAGUCCGUGGAGAACUGCGUGUGCAUCGUGAGAAACCUGUCCUACCAUGUGCAUAAGGAGGUGCCUGGAGCUGACAGGUACCAGGAGGCCGAGCCAGGACCUCCAGGCAGUGCUGCAGGUUCUCAGCGCAGGAGGCGGGAUGACGCAGGCUGCUUCGGUGGCAAGAAGGCCAAAGAGGAAUGGUUCCAUCAAGGGAAAAAAGACAACGAGAUGGACCGGAACUUUGACACGCUAGAUCUGCCCAAGCGUACUGAGGCUGCCAAAGGCUUUGAGCUGCUGUACCAGCCUGAGGUGGUCCGUCUCUACCUCUCUCUCCUUACGGAGAGCCGGAACUUCAACACCCUGGAGGCUGCUGCUGGUGCCCUACAGAAUCUCAGUGCUGGCAGCUGGACGUGGGCCUCAUACAUCCGCGCCACUGUGCGCAAAGAACGUGGACUGCCUGUGCUUGUGGAGCUGCUGCAGUCUGAAACCGACAAGGUGGUACGCGCCGUGGCCAUCGCCCUGCGAAACCUCUCAUUGGAUCGGCGCAACAAGGACCUCAUUGGGAGCUACGCCAUGGCUGAACUAGUAAGGAAUGUGCGCAAUGCACAGGCGCCGGUGCGGCCUGGGGCCCACCUGGAGGAGGACACAGUGGUGGCCGUACUCAACACCAUCCAUGAGAUCGUUUCUGACAGCCCGGAUAAUGCGCGUUCACUGCUGCAGGCCCGUGGUGUGCCUGCUCUUGUGGCACUUGGAGCAACCAGCCAGUCUGUACGUGAGGCGAAGGCGGCAUCACAUGUGCUACAGACCGUGUGGAGCUACAAGGAGCUACGCGGUGCCUUACAGAAGGACGGCUGGACCAAGGCCCGCUUCCAGUCUGCUGCUGCCACCACCAAGGGACCCAAGGGGACACCAAGCCUGGGGGGCUUUGAUGACAGCACACUGCCACUGGUGGACAAGAGCAUCGAUGAUGAGAAGCCAGGGAGCAGAGACAUGAUCCCCAUGGAUGCCCUGGGUCCAGACAGGUAUUCCAUUGACCGGCCAGGUCGAAGGGCGAGGGGCAGUGAUCCUACAGGGGAAAGCUUCCAGAAGGAGCCUUUGAAACCCGACCCUGGCAGGAAGGCCCCUCCUCUCGGGCCCAGCAGGGCCACGGUCAGGCUGUUGGACGCCGUGGGGGACCCUAAGCCUCAGCCCGUUGACUCCUGGGUCUAG